AACGCUGCUUCUGGUAUCCAGUGGUAUUUAAGAACUGUUUAAGAUCUAGUUGAUUUUCUGACCAUUUUUAAGGAAAUCCGUUCACUUUUUCCUCUCUAAAAAAUAAAAUUGGCAAGCGAUGGCACGACUCGUUACAAAAUCGACCGAAUUGGUGAAACUUGGUGUUAAUCAUGCAAAGCCUGUGCUGCAAGUAUGGCUGCAAUAUGCCAAAGUAGAAUUGACGCCACCUAGUCUAAAGGAUAUCCCUGCAAUUCGUAGCGGAUUUUCAAAACUGAUUCACUCCGCACGAACUGGCCGCUAUCGCGAUGUUACUGUACGUGAAGGUAUCAUAAAUACCCUAGUGGCUGCUGAAAUAUAUUGUUGGUUCUUUGUUGGUGAAUGCAUCGGAAAGCGACAUAUUGUCGGAUACAAUGUUUAAAUAUGUUAUAUAUGUAUCUUAUAUAGAUAAUUCUGUAUAAAUAAAUUAUAGAUUUACCUGCUCGUAAAUAUAUGAAAGAUAUGAAUAUCAAA